AUGCUGCUGGAGGAGGUCCGCGCCGGCGACCGGCUCAGCGGGGCCGCGGCCCGCGGCGACGUGCGGGAGGUGCGCCGCCUUCUGCACCGCGAGCUGGUGCACCCCGACGCCCUGAACCGCUUCGGCAAGACGGCGCUGCAGGUGAUGAUGUUUGGCAGCCCCACCAUCGCCCUGGAGCUGUUGAAACAAGGCGCCAGCCCCAAUGUCCAGGACGCCUCUGGCACCACGCCGGCCCACGACGCAGCCCGCACGGGAUUCCUGGACACGCUGAAGGUUUUGGUAGAGCACGGCGCCGACGUCAACGCGCCCGAUAACACAGGGGCGCUCCCCAUCCACCUGGCUGUGCGCGAGGGCCACGCAGCUGUGGUCAGCUUCUUGGCUGCCGAGUCUGAUCUCCAUCACAGGGAUACCGGGGGGCUCACUCCUCUGGAGCUGGCGCAAGGGAGAGGGGCUCAGGAUCUCAUGGACAUACUGCAGGGUCACAUGGUGGCACCCCUGUGA